AAAUGUUAAUGAAUAUAUACAUAUAAAUAUACAAUACAUAUUAUAAUUAAUAAUAAAGAACCAAAUUAUUUGUCAAAGUUAUGGUACGUAGAUUUGAUACAUUUAUACCGUGUUAGCCAAAAAUAUGUAAUUUUAAAUUUAUUUAUUUAUUGUAAUUUCAAUACUGAGUAUCUUUCGCCCUUUUAAAAAAAUUGUACUAUUCAUUUUAACAUAAAUUUCGGUUUGGACUUCAUUAUGAAUAAUAUUUAAUCCUGACAUGAUAGACGGAAAUUUUGUAUUGAAAUUGUUGAAGGCCGUCUCAUGCCUAAUAUAAGAGGUUCUAAGGAACCCAGAAAAAAGCUAACGGUCUCAGUUAUCCACGCGAUACUUCUAUAUGGAGCUUCCUCGUUGGCGCAAACUAUGGACCAUGCUCUCGGAAACGCUGGCAUCCUAAACAGAGUCCACAGCACAGCAUCGGAAGUGGCAACAAAUAUCCUGAAAGGAACCUCUACUUCGACUAUUAAGUAUCACCUAAAAAAGAAGCAGCAGCGAGAAAACCAUUCUCCUUGAUACGAAAUCAUGACUAGGUGGAUAAACGUAAUUGCGGAAAUAACAACAGGUAGCUGGACCAGAACUCUGGCCAAAGACGGGGAAUAGCAUAAGUCUAACCGCCCACACGGAAACUUAGAGUUCCGUCUAAUGUAGCAUAUCUUUGCCAUGGCUAUCUCGGCUACUGCCUACACAAAACCAAGAAGGAGGCCAUCACCUAUUGUUACCACUGUGACCAACAUAGGCGACGAAAAUCACACCUUGAUAGAGUGCCUGGAUUGAGAGGCAGAAGGCAAGUGAUAUGAUAGCUUUUCGGACACAUAGGUCAGGUUGAAGACAUAGUACCAUUUAUGCUGCAGAAUGUUGAUAACUGGCAGACAAUGACGCACUACGCGAAAAAAGUCAUGUCCACAAAGGAAGAAGCCGAACGCGAGCGGGAGAAUAGAGGUUGAAAUCGAUAAUGACCUUGUUGUUUAUUGCGGAGACGGUCCUGAUUCAAAUAACAUAUACUAUGACAAGUGUGCACCCGAAGUGACCUGCACAGAAAAUGCUAUUUACAGGACAGCAAAUGGCACAUGCAAUAACUUAAUGAACCCGUUGUGGGGGUCGUCCGUAACUCCAUAUAUCAGACUUUGCGACGCUGAUUAUAACGAUGGUGAUCAUGAAGUUCGAAAACAAGUUGACGGAUCGCUGUUGCCCAGACCACGAAAAGUACAAUUGUUAUUAUUUUUUGAACCUCGUGAUUUACCAGACUCAAACAAUUUUCAUCUAAGUCAAUAUGGUCAAUGGAUCACUCAUGACAUCAGUCUCCUGCCACCAGAUUUUUCAGGACCACCAAUAUGUUGUGACAUUCCAUUUAAGGAGAUAAACAACAGUAGUCCAUAUCAAUGUCAAUUAGUUAUUGAGGUACCUCUGAAUGACCCAGUUCAUGGUGGUAAUCAAAGAUGUAUGGAAUUUAGACGUGCAAUGACUGCUGCCAAUAAUUUCAACUGUUCAAUAACUCCUCAAAUUCCAAUGAAUCAGGCGACAUCGUUCAUUGAUUCUUCACAAUUGUACGGACACCAAUCAGAUAAGGCGGAUUCGAUUAGAACGUUUAAUGGUGGGAAAUUGAUAACAGACAUCGUAGAUGAAAAUCAGUUUUGUCCUCUAAGAAACCGUGAAGGAUCAUUACUAUGCGAUGGGCGGGCUAACGUCGGUUAUUGUUUUGAAGCCGGAGACCCAAGAAUAAAUCAACACUUUGGGAUUACAUCGUAUACUAUUAUGUUUACCCGGUUUCAUAAUGUUGUGGCUGAUUUGUUACAAAACAUAAAUCCUCAAUGGACUGAUGAAGUGUUAUAUCAAGAAACUCGAAAAUUCAUUGGUGCACUAAACCAGAUAAUUACUUAUCGGGAUUACUUGCCUAUUUUACUUGGUGAAUCAUACACAAACAGCGUUGGCUUAAAUCUUUCAAAUUUUAAAAGGACAAAGUAUAAUCCCUUACUCAUGCCGCAAUUGUCUAUAGAAUUUGCAGCUGGUGCUUUCCGAGUGCCUCAUAAUACUGUGGCUUCUAUAUAUAAUUACAUGAACAAAAACUAUGAUGUAGUAGAUACAGCCAAACUUAACGAAUGGAUGUCCAUACCUGACCCCUUAUUAAAGGGCUCAAAUCUUGACGAUAUAGUCAGAGGCAUGACGAUAACACCGGGUCGUUAUUAUUCCCCGUCGUAUAACUAUCUAAUAUCAAAUUUCAUGUUCAAUGGUCAAAUCACUGGAAAUCAAGAUUUGCUGUCAGUGGACAUUCAAAGAGGGCGCGAUGUCGGCCUAAAGUCUUAUACUAAAAUGAGAGAAUGGUGUGGUUUAUCAAAAAUAAAUUCAUUUGAUGAUUUACUAAGUUUUUUAACCUUUGAUGACGUCGAAACACUCAAAGGCCUGUACGCGACUGUGGAUGACAUUGAUCUACUCGUGGGAGCUUUACUCGAACCACCAGUCGAUGGUGGAACGGUUGGUCAAACUGCACAGUGCCUCUUAGCUGAUGUAUUUUAUCGUAUUAGAUACGGCGAUCGUUUCUUUGUUGAUGUGAGCGGACAACCGGGAAGUUUUUCAAUAGAUAAACUAAGAACUUUGAGAAACCUCGACCUGGGUCAUGUAAUAUGUGCCACAACUAAAUUAGAUGAAGUGCCGAUUGAUAUUUUUCAGCCAUCAAUAUAUUCACAAAUGGUGAAAUGCAGCGAUCAUUUGUUGAGUUUGGAUCUUAGUGCUUGGAAAGAACCAUCAUAAUUCGACGAAUAUAUUAUAUCGAUCAUAAUACUGGCCAUUAUAAUACUCGGUAUACGCGAGACGUUAAUUGUAUACGAAUCAGCUGUACGUUUUCAUUUAAAAUUAUAAAUAAAUGCAAUAAAUACUGACAUGCGAAA